AACUACCCACGGAGAUUUCUCAGCAGAUUCUUGAGCACGCGGUUCAAGUUCGUGGAAUAAAAAGGGCGUUACGACUGAGGCUCAUCAACACACUCUUUUCCGUCGAGGUCCAGCAAGCCAUCUUUCGGACAGGUAUUGUACGCCAGGACGAAGGAAACGCAUACCGGGACGGACGAAACGUGCACUACCCGCCCAGAAAAACAAUUAAGAAUUAUAACAUCGGCCCAAACAAUCUCUUUUGGCACGCCUACAUGACAUAUGAUGGCCAAUCAGAAAGAGCCCUCGUCCUACAGAGCCUGGGUUAUUAGAGCUGUGACAAAUUCAAUCUGCAACAAGAUCGGACAGACGGAUGACGACUCCGUCAUCCGAAAUAUUGCAGAGCAGUUGUGUCAUCUAUACAGGAACGCUGAUCACUUUACGUAUCGCUCCUUUCAGGGCUGUUCCCGUGAUAACACUAUACUGGCAGCGGCAGCCUACUUGAACUAUCAAGACUUUACGAAAAAGCUCCUUGCCAACGGCUAUGAUCCAGAGAAGAACACCCCUUUCGGGCUUCCAGUCUGGGCAGCAGCGUUUGCGGGCAACAAUUCCGUGGUCGAACUUUUACUGACCAGCGGCACUGGCGUCACAUUGCGCAAAAGGUGCUUUGCCAUCUCUGGAGCAGCAAACGGUGGUCACCUUGACACCUUCAAUCUUCUGUUCAGUCCUCGUUUCGGACACAUGGUCCCUGGAAAUGCUACUUAUCCAUUCUUGAAAGAAGGACUGUAUCGCACGAGUAACCCGCGCAUCUUCGAUCAAACAGUCGCCUUGCUCAAGCCUUAUUCCCAUUCCUAGAAGCGUGCAGCCAAUGGCCAGCCGAAGGCAAAUUCCCAUUGGAAGAGUUCCUCUCGUAUGCGACACAAAAGGGUUAUGUGGACAUGGUUCGACACUU